CACCACCAGCAGAAUCCAAAGCUGAAAUCUAGCAUUUAUGUCAGUCUAAGUGAUUCCAUGGAACCAUUGCAAUAGCAAAUUCAAAACUUUACUCCAAACCAGAACCAGAGGGCAAAACAGAAUUCCAAGCAGAACCAAACUCGAACUGGAAUAACAGCAGAACUUGAAAGUAAGAAAUGUAGCAGCACCAAUGAAGCGGACUCUUAAAACCAUUGGCAAACUCAAAGUUGCAUAAAGAAGCAUGGAAAGUUUCACCAAUAAAGGACUGGUUGGCCGGUAAAAGAAAAAACCAAACUACAAACAACAAUCCAAAAGAUUGCACAUGCCCUUGUACUGAUGAUGUCUCUAAAAUCACCAAGGUUCAAGGAUUUUAGGUGCAGGCAAAUUGGCUAUGAAGCAAUUUCUUAUAGCAGACAGAGGCGGUUAGAAAUAACUCAGUGUGACUGGAAUCUUUGUUGUAGCGGAGACUUUGCUGGAAGGUUGUUCUCCCUCUUUUUUCUUUUUUUUUUCUUUUUCUAAGGCUGCUUGUUUGUGCUUUCAUUCUCCGCUUUCCCUUUCUUUCUUUGCUUUUUUUUUUCUUGAGUUUUGAGGUGGAUACACAGUGCUGCAAUUCUCCAUCCUUUCUAUCAUCAGAAAAUCAAAAGAAUCAUACAUUUUUCUUCUUGCAUUUGGUUUCUAAUUCUUAUAAAUUAAGCAGACGUGCGGAUGGCAUGAUGUUUCAAAGAAAUCUACAUGGCCAUACAAGGCUAUAAGUUGUUAAUCAUUUCACACAAUGGGAAAUUCCCAUCCACCCUUUGAACUGUCACAGAAACAGGAGAAACUUACCGAAUCAAACAAGGUCCAUCACCUACUUCUUUCAAAUCAUUACCUUUAUCUUUUGCACUUAAAAUAUAUUAUGUCCAUCGGUUAUGUCUGUUUUUUGUUCCUUGUUUAUUUGACUCACUUAAGACCCUCGAACCUUUUAAGUUUCUUUAAUAAACCCCAUACAAAGAUAGCAGAGUCCAUUUAGCUCGAGCAUCAAGAGUUCUUAUAGAAGUUCCAAUAAGAACUCUGUAAUGGGAAGACAUACUAUGCUUCAGGAAACGAAAUGACAAGAAAAAUGCGUGGCGAUGCUCUCCUUUUCUUCUCUCUUCUUGUUCUCUCUGAUGCAAUGCCUUCAGGGAAGAUUGGGGUGAACUAUGGCCUGCUUGGGAACAACUUGCCAUCUGCAGGUCAAUCCAUAGAAUCUCUUAGAGCCAUGAAAGCUGGCAGUGUAAAGCUCUAUGAUGCCAACCCUGAAAUCCUGAGACUCCUAGCAGGAACUGAUAUCCGGGUCUCCAUUAUGGUUCCCAAUUAUGAAAUCAUCAACAUAGCCACCAACCAGACCUCCGCCAACAAAUGGGUCGAAGACAAUGUCCUCGCUUACCACCCUGAAACCAUGAUCCGUACCAUUCUUGUUGGCAAUGAAGUUCUCAGCUAUUGUUCAGAUGAAGGAAAACGGAUUUGGAAUCAUCUUGUGCCUGCAAUGCGUAGAAUCAAGAUCUCUCUCAGAGCUCAGGAUAUCCGUAACAUCAAAGUAGGCACUCCGCUAGCCAUGGACGUGCUGCAAACAGCUUUUCCACCAUCCACUGCGACUUUUCGGCCUGAUAUCUCAACUACCGUGAUGGUGCCAUUGCUAAAAUUCUUAAACAGCACCAAGUCAUUUUUCUUCAUUGACGUCUACCCUUAUUUCCCUUGGUCUGAAAAUCCCAUCAAUAUAAACCUCGAUUAUGCGUUGUUUCAAUCAAAUAUCAAAUACACUGACCCCGGUAGUGGCUUAGUCUACACCAACCUCCUAGACCAAAUGCUUGACUCCCUUGUUUUUGCCAUGACCAAACUUGGAUUUCACAGUAUCCGGCUUUCGAUAGCUGAAACUGGCUGGCCUAAUGCAGGCGAUAUCGGUGAAACUGGUGCUAGCAUUUACAACGCAGCUACUUACAAUCGGAAUCUUGUUACGAAGAUGACUGGUCAGCCCCUAAUCGGCACCCCAGCUAGACCAGGUUUGUUCAUACCAGCAUUUAUCUUUUCCUUGUACGAUGAGAACCAAAAGACUGGCCCGGGAACAGAGCGGCACUGGGGCUUGUUGCAUCCAAAUGGGACGUCUAUAUAUCAAAUUGAUUUGACAGGGAAGAGAGCAUCAUCAGACUAUGAACCGCUACCUGCAACACACAAUGACAUGCCCUAUGAAGGCAAAUCAUGGUGCGUAGCAACACCGGACGUCAAUCUGACAGAGUUGGAAAGAGCAUUAACUUUUGCAUGCAGUCAAGGAAACGGGACCUGUGAAGCCUUGACCCCAGGGAAGGAAUGUUACGAGCCAUUGUCAGUAAUUUGGCAUGCCAGUUUUGCAUUUAGCUCGUAUUGGGCUAAGUUCAGGAGCCAGGGUGCCAAUUGCUACUUCAAUGGACUUGCUGUGCAGACCACCAGUGAUCCAAGUCGAGGAUUAUGCCAGUUCCCCAGUGUGACUAUUUGAAGACAAUUGAAGCCUCUGUAAGCAGCACAAGGACAUGAAUCUCAAUUAAUCAAGUCUUGUUUCAGAACUUUCUGUUUUAGCUGAAACUAGACAUAGGCCCGAGGCCUAUUAUUUCA